AUGAAACAACCUCAAGGCUUUGUGGAUUCUCGAUUUCCAGAUCAUGUCUGCCUCUUGAAGAAAGCUAUUUAUGGUCUACGCCAAGCUCCCCGUGCUUGGUAUUUGGAGCUUCGUUCUUACUUGCUUUCGUGUGGUUUUACUAAUGCUCAUUCUGAUAACUCUUUGUUCAUCUAUCAUUGUGGUGACUCUCUGCUAUUUUUUCUAGUGUAUGUAGACGAUAUUAUUGUCACAGAACGCCACAACAUGUUAGAUGCUAAAGGGGUGUCUACUCUACUAUCUACUUCAUCAGUGCUGUCUCUCAAUGAUGGCUCUGCUCCAACAGAUGCAAAAGAGUAUGGAAAAGAUAUUGGUGCUUUAAAAUACCUGUGGCUCACUCGUCUAGAUACUUGCUUUGCGGUAAACAAGCUAGCUCAAUUCAUGCACUCUUCAGCUGUUAAGCAUUGGCAGGCUGUCAAAAGGCUUCUUCAAAACCUGAAACACACUAUAACUUAUGGCGUACACUUCAAGAAGUCUUCUUUUUUGUCCCUGACAGCAUUCUCUGAUGAUGAUUGGGCCGACAACCAUGAUGAUGGCAUGUCUACAUCAGCCCACUUAAUUUUUGUUGGCUCUAAUCCGGUCAGUUGGUCAUCCAAAAAGCAGCGUACAAUUGCUAGAUAA